AUGGCCUCUAUUCGCGUUCUUUCCUUCGAUGCUGAGGGCCGUCCCGUGCAGUUCACUUCCUGGCUCGACGACCUGCAGUUGUAUCUUAUGAGCAAUAGCACGGACCACAUCUCCCUCUAUGACUACGCGUCUGGUGCUGCCGCUGCUCCUGCUGCCACAGCCGAGCUUAGUGUACGUUCACAGUGGCAGACUCGUGACGCUGCAGCUCGCCUGGCUAUUCGCAGUCACCUGCCGUUAGCUGAGCUAGAGCACUUUGGCGACUGCAAAACCGCUAAAGCCCUAUACGACGCUGUCGUUGCUCGCUACUCCUCACCUGCCACAGCCGAGCUUAGCCGUCUCAUGCUGCCUUACCUGUUCCCUGACCUGUCCACCUUUGCUACAGUCGCCGAUCUUAUCACCCACCUUCGCACUAGUGAUGCUCGCCUGCGUGCCGCCCUUCCCACCGAGUUCUGCGCUAAGAACCCCCCUCCCCUGUACUGGGCACUCCACUUCAUAGUCACCCGUCUCCCUGACACCCUCAGCUCAGUGCGCGACUAUUUCCUUGCUCGCUGUCCCACUGAGCUCACUGUCGCCCUCCUAGAGGAGAAGCUGCUAGCAGCCGAGAAGAGCAUUGUAGCUGUAGGUGCUGCUCGCGGCGCUCCUCGCACCCCCAUCUUUGAGGGGUGCUCUCCCUCUCCCCUCGCUCCCUCCUAUGCUACUGCUGCUGCUGUUGACUUCCUUGGUGCUGAGUCUGCUGGCGCUGCUUCUGCUCCUGGUGGGAGGCGCCGCACCGGCAAGGGCAAGGGGGGCAAGGGUGGCGGGGGUGGCGCUGGGGGGGGAGGGGGUGGGGGAGGUGGGGGGGGAGGCGGUGCUGGAGGGAGCGGUGGCGGGAGUGCCGGUGGGAGUGGGGCCGGCGGCGGAGGCGGGGGCGGCGGCGGGAGCAGUGGCGGUGGUGGCAGCGGCGGCAGUGGCGGCGGUGGCGGUAGUGGCGGUGGCGGUGGCGGUGGUGGCGGUCGGAGCGGAGGUAGUGGCGGCGGUGGAGGUCGGAGUGGAGGCACCGGCUCGGGCCAGAGCUCCCAGCAGCAGCAGCGUCCCCAGUCGACCCAGCAGCUUCGUGAGUGGCUUGCUCAGCGUGGGACGUCGGGGGGCAGUGGCCGCUGUUCCUAUGUCAUUCGCACAGGUGAUCGCAAGGGGCAGACGUGUGGAAAGUUCCACACUCAGUACCGCUGCUUCUUCCGCCUUGACGACGCUUGGCGUGAGGAGAUGGGCGAGGAUGUUGAGCGCCCUCGCUGGGCUGAGCUGAUGAGGGCUGGUGUUGAUAUCUUUGCUCUUGACUAUGAUGCUAUUAUUGCUGCCAUGUAUGCAUUGACUGUUAGUGCCGAGGGAGACUGUUACUUGUGUGUGCCGCCUGACCCAGGUAUAGGGCCCGCUGCCCUAGGUACUAGUGAGUCUGCUCUCUCUGGUAUGGUGCCCCCUGUACCUGCUCCCUCCAGCACUGUCCCUGCUGCUUGCGAGUCUGCUCUCUCAGGUACAGCACCCACAGAGACUGCUCUCUCAGGUACUGCACCGGCUGAGACCUGUCACACCUUCACCCUUGACUCAGGUGCUUCCCGCUGCUUCUUUCGAGACAGUACUGAGCUCACACCGCUUCCUGCACCGGUCCCAGUCUCCUUGGCUGACCCCUCUGGGGGCCCAGUCCUUGCCCAGUCCACCACUGUGCUCCCUUGUCCGGCGGUUCCGUCUGGCUCGUUGACGGGUUUCCACCUCCCCUCGUUCUCGACGAACCUGGUGAGCAACGCUGUCAUCCAGGAUCAGUGGGUUGACACCUUUACCCCUGGAGGACAGCGUGUGGCGAUCUGCACGUGCUCCAGGACCGGCCGUCACCUGGCUACGUUUACUCGUCGGCCGGGGUCGAGUCUCUACACACUGACCACUGCGUCUCCUCAGGUCGCUGCUGUCGGUCAGGUGUCCGCGUCAGGUCUGGUGGCCCACGCCUGUGAGUGUCGUUCCCUGUCGCACCAGACUCUUCUCUGGCACCACCGCCUGGGUCACCCCUCCUUGCCACGCCUCCGUGGCAUGCACCGUCGCCGCCUUGUGUCUGGUCUUCCCAGGUCCCUCCCUCCUCUCCCUUCCUCGCCUGCGCCGCCUUGCCUUCCUUGCGUCGAGGGGUGGCAGCGCGCCGCUCCUCACUCCUCCUCGUUCCCCCCGACAGGGGCUCCUCUGCAGACCCUCCACCUGGACGUGUGGGGCCCAGCCCGCGUUCGUGGCCAGGGCGGUGAGCGGUACUUUUUGCUGGUUGUCGACGACUACUCGCGUUACACCACGGUCUUCCCCUUGCGCACCAAGGGUGAGGUCCCUGCUGUUCUGAUCCCUUGGAUCCGCACAGUUCGUCUCCAGCUCCGCCGCCGUUUCCGGACGGAUCUUCCUGUCCUGCGUCUGCACUCUGACAGAGGUGGUGAGUUUUCCUCCGACCUCUUGAGGACCUUCUGUCAGGCGGAGGGCAUCGAGCAGACCUUCACGCUUCCGGACUCCCCACAGCAGAAUGGGGUUGCUGAGCGCCGCAUUGGCCUGGUCAUGGAGGUCGCUCGUACCUCCUUGGUCCACGCGGCGGCUCCCCAUUUUCUGUGGCCGUUUGCUGUCCGGUACGCCGCGCAUCAGCUCAACCUCUGGCCCCGUGUCUCCUUGCCGGAGACCUCGCCCACACUGCGUUGGACGGGGGAGGUUGGCGAUGCGUCGCGCUUCCGGGUGUGGGGUGCUCGUGCCCUUGUCCGCGAUACGUCCGCGGACAAGCUCUCCUCCCGCACGCUUCCCUGUGUCUUCCUUGGCUUUGUCCCUGACGCGCCGGGCUGGCAGUUUUACCACCCCACCUCGCGCCGGGUCUUCGCCUCUCAGGACGUCACCUUUGACGAGUCGGUCCCUUUUUACCGUCUCUUCCCCUACCGUACUGCCCCCCUCCCUCCCCCGCCGCUUUUCCUUGCUCCUGGUCCCCCUCCGGUAGACCCCCUUCCCCCUCAGGGUCCUGCUCCUUCAGGUGUCUCUCAGGUAGACCCUCCUCCCGUCGCUGAGCCUGUCGAGGUCACAGUCUGA